GUGAGCAACAGUCUGAAGUGCUGCUCUUCCAGCGCGUCGCGGGGGCACGAGACAGCCGCCGCAGCUCGCGCGCUCACUCACACACUCAACCGAGGUCUCUCGCGCGCAGCCGGUCGGUCUCCCUGCCGCUGUGCACUGUCCACGCGGUGGCGAGAGGAAACGGCAGGUGUCAGACUCGGUUCUGAUAAGGCUUUUGCACAGCUUCCUCCUUAAACACAGCAAGUCGAUCCGCUCGGAUGAUAUAGGGAGACAAGACGCUGCCAAAAUUGCUUCAUUUUCCGGAGGGAUUUGUUUAGCAGUUUUUUUGGUGGUGUGAACUCUACCCCCCUCCCUUGUUCCUGACCCUGACCUUGUGACCCCAGGCUGCCAGGACACCGUGAUUGAGGAGGCCACCAUGAGUCAGGAGGGGCAGCAUGACCCCCUCCGCACUGACACCCCACCUCCAGAUACACCCCAGGCACCUGAGGGAGAGGAGGAGGCUGAUGGCUCUAUGGUGAGAGAUUUGGAGCCCUGUAAUGGGACAAAGACAGAGGAGGAGCAGCAAGGUGAAACAGAAGACGGAGAUAUAGAGAAUAACAGAAACACACAGUCCAGUGCAAAGGAGGAUGAGAAGGUGACAUUAGAAGAGGGAGGUAGAAACGGUGAGAUUGAGGGCAGCUGCUUGGAUCCUGUAACAGAAAAUGGUAAUAGGGACAUCCGUGAAGGUGAAGACACACAGUUGCUGCCGCCUCAGAGCCCAGAAAAGGACUCAACCAAGCCCCUGUGCUCUCUAAGGUUUGAGAACGGGACUGAAGAUGACAGCGAAGGGCAGGAGGAUGAGGAGGGAGUCCUGGAAGAGCCUUCAGCCCAGGGGAACCUAGACGCCUUCAGCUCCACAUUUGAGCUCUCUGUAGAAGAAGCAGAUGCUGAGGUAGAGGACGAGGAAGAGAAGGAGGACGGCGGAGAGGAAAGGGUGACCCAAAAUCAGGACAGUUUCAGCUCUACAUUUGAGAGCAUAGUCGAGCAGGUCGCCAAGACCACAGCUGUGGAUGAGGAAGAGGACGACGGAGAGGAAGAGUACGACAGAACGAAAGAGAGCCAGGACGGCUUCAGCUCCACUUUUGAACGCAUCGUCGAGUCGGAGCUUCUGAGAGGCGGGACUUGCUACAGCAGUCUGGAUUCACUGGAUGUGCUGUCGCUCACUGACGAGACGGACAGCUGCGUCAGCUUCGAGGCGCCGCUCACCCCUCUCAUCCAGCAGAGGGCCCUGAUGGGCCCUGAACCUCCAGAGCUGGAGCUGGAGACCGUGCAGGAAGGGGCAGAGGGCGAGGCUGAGCUGGGGACGGAGACGACAAGGGAUGAAGCCAGCUCUGCAAGUCCGCUACGGACCACUAUUCCAGGAAGCAGGUCGGAAAAUGUCUUGAGCCAGCCGGCACAAUGGAGCAUCUCUAAUGGAUUCCACAUUGAGCAGCCUGGGAAUGGAGAGAGUGGAGGAACGAUACCAAACUCUAUCAGUGAUGCCAACCUCACAGAUGUGCUGUGCGACUCGGACUCUGAGUUGGGCAGCGUGGACACGUUGGAGAGGGGCAGCACGGAUACUCUCGCCAACGGCUGCCGCGUCGACACAGAUGCUGCCAAACGACUGGCUAAGCGACUCUUCUAUCUGGAGGGCUUCAAGCGCUGUGACGUGGCACGACACCUGGGCAAGAAUAAUGAAUUCAGCCAGUUGGUGGCAUCGGAGUACCUGAGCUUCUUUGAUUUCACGGGGUUGUCAUUAGACAGAGCGCUAAGGAACUUCCUGAAGGCAUUUCCUCUGAUGGGAGAGACGCAGGAGAGAGAACGUGUGCUGGUGCACUUCUCCAAACGCUUCUGUCACUGUAACCCAGAAGCCCUCACCUCAGAGGAUGGCGCUCACACACUGACCUGUGCACUUAUGCUUCUUAACACAGACCUGCAUGGACACAAUAUUGGGAAGAAGAUGUCUUGCCAGCAGUUCAUUAGCAAUCUGGACGGCCUCAACGACGGCAAAGAUUUUCCCAAAGAAUUGCUCAAGGUGCUCUAUAACUCAAUAAAGAACGAGAAGCUGGAGUGGGCGAUUGAGGAAGAGGAGCUGAGGAAGAGUCUGUCGGAGCUGGUGGAGGAUCAGUGUGAGGUGGGAGGGAAGAGGGUUGUCAGGGUAACGGACGGCAGUAACCCUUUCAUCGCCAUUCCACUUUUACUCAAUGCUGUGACGUACAAACACGGCAUUCUGACACGCAAAAGCCACGCAGACAUGGACGGCAAACGCACCCCGAGAGGACGUAGAGGCUGGAAGAAGUUUUAUGCCGUGCUGAAGGGGAUGAUUCUCUACCUGCAGAAAGAUGAGUAUAAGCCUGAUAAAGAUCUGUCAGAGGUGGACCUGAAGAAUGCAGUACGGGUUCACCACGCUCUUGCUACUAGGGCCUGUGACUACAGCAAAAGACAGAACGUCCUGAAACUCAAGACUUCGGACUGGAGAGUCUUCCUCCUGCAGGCCCCGAGUGAAGAGGAGAUGAUGUCAUGGAUUUUCAGGAUUAAUCUGGUCACUGCUCUUUUCUCGGCUCCUGCUUUUCCCGCCGCCAUCGGCUCCAUGAAGAAAUUCUGCAGACCACUGCUGCCUUCAUCCACAACGAGACUUAACCAGGAGGAGCAACUGAAGUCCCAUGAGAACAAACUGAAGCAGAUUUCUCUGGAGUUGGAGGAACACAAGAGGAGCCCACCAGAUCUGACGCCCAAGAGCAAAGAAUCAGAAGAGUAUCGAAUCAAAGAGCACUAUUUAACCUAUGAGAAAUGUCGCUAUGAGACGUACAUCAGCCUCCUGCAGGCCAAGUUUCGCGCAGGAAGUGAUGAUUUGGAUAAGAUUGAAGCCAGUAUGUUCAGUGGGGAGGCAAAAGAAAGUUACCUGCGGAAAACUCAGUCCAGCCCCUCAAUCAGCCAAGGUCAGGGGGUCAAUGGACGGGCCGGUCAUAAACACGCCCCAGAGCACAAUAGCUGAAGAGCCUUCUUUGAACUCUGAACUCAUGUGACACACUCACGUCUGAGCCUGACUGCAGUGGGUUCGAAUACGUGAGACAGAGUCGAGAGAAAUACAAACGUAGCAUUAUAAUGUCCUUAUUAUUUCAAUGUACAGUAAAUUUAUUAUGACCAUUAUAUGUAUUAUUAGUAUUAUUACUACAACAAUAAACAUUGUUAAUAAUGCUAUGAACGUUAUGUGCCAAAAACGAAAAAUGAGGAGACCAAGACUGUAUAAGUGGGAAGAAAUGACAACACUGCAUAUAAAGUCAAGAGAAAGUGAACUGCGGCAUCACAGAUGUGUUGCAGAGGAUGCACUGUGACAUGGUCACGUUGUGAUGUCAUUUAGAAUUUUACUGUGACGUUACAGUGACACAACAAAGAAAUUCAUUUAGAUUCCAUUAAAGCGCCAGUUCAGCCAAAAAUGAAAAAACUGAUAUCGUUCCAAAUCUGUAUGAUUUUCUUCUGAGGAACAUAGAAGAUAUUUUGAAGAACAACAUCAGACCCCAUUUACUUCCACUGUAGGAAAAAAAAAGAGAUU